ACUAAAAAAUAAAAUACCGAAGAAAAAAAAUUAAAAAAUUAAAAAAAAGAAGAAGAUUUUUUUAUUAUUUUAUACGCCGUUAGUUUUCACUUAUCUCUACAGUCUAAAAACACGUCGGUAGUAUAAUUGGGCACUUCGCUGCUUUCACCAGAACAGAAAGCUCCAAAGUAACCAUGGCUUCAGUCAUGACUUCUCAUGCUAUCCUCUUCCAAACCUCAAACCCAAUCCGACCCAAACCCAAGCUCAAACCUUUCUGCACCCCUGCUCUCAAAUUCAGCCCCAACCCUAACCUUAACCCCAACAAAAUACUCAAAUUUUCCCUCAGACCCCUCUGCGCCUCUCUCACCACAAACCUCCAAACCCUAAAUACCCAAAUCCCAUCUCAGUCCCCACCACCCCUAGCCCAUCUCCCUACUCGGACGCUCACCACCCUCUUCGCCCUAACCCUAGCCGUCGUCCGCAACCUCUCAAUUUCACUAUUGAAAUUCGGAUCCCAAUUCGGACCCUCCAUCGGUUCCGCCGCCGGACCCCUCUUCUUCGCGGCGCUCGGAGACCGCCCGAGCGGCUACUUGAACACGCCGUUGACGGUGGUCGCCGCCGGACUCUCCAAAUGGCUCGAUAUCUACAGUGGGGUUUUGAUGGUUAGGGUUUUGCUCAGUUGGUUCCCCAAUAUUCCUUGGGACCGCCAACCCCUUUCGGCGAUUCGGGACCUCUGCGAUCCCUAUUUGAAUCUCUUUCGCAACAUAAUCCCGCCGAUUUUCGAUACCUUGGAUGUUAGUCCGCUCUUGGCUUUCGCAGUUUUGGGCACGCUGGGAUCGAUUCUCAACAACAGUAGAGGAAUGUAUUGAUAUUGAUUGAGCAAGAAAAAUUGGCGGGUUUAGGUUGGGAAGCAAUUGGGUAAGGAAAGUUAUCGGUUGUUUAGCUUAAGUUCAUAUUUUUUGUGGAUUAUUCAUAAUGUGUUUCGGUUAUAACACGGAUAAGUUUAAAUUCAGUAUGAAUAUAUAAAUUUUGACAUAUUUUAUGGAUGAGAUUUUCAAUUUUCGUUUCA